UUAUGAUGAUUAUGUGAAUAACUUAGUCUAUGAUUUAAUUUUAAAAAAUGUCGUCUUCAAGUUCCGAAGAAGAAAAACCAUGUCUGAUUUCAUUUGCAACCGGAAAAAAUUUUGAGAUUCAACAUCAAGAUAGGUAUGGCAGAUGUAGAAAUGUAUCCACCUUUGAAAGAUACAAUAAGAUUGGAGAAGGAACAUUUGGAGUUGUAUAUCGUGCCAGAGACACACAAAAUGAUGAAAUUGUUGCUUUAAAAAGAGUUCGAACUGAGCAUGACAUGGACGGUAUUUCGAUUAGCAGUUUAAGGGAGAUUAAUUUGCUGUUGUGUCUGCGUCAUCCUAAUAUUGUGGAGUUGAAAGAAGUUGCAGUUGGUCAACAGUUGGACAGCAUAUUUCUUGUCAUGGGUUACUGCGAACAAGACUUGGCAAGUUUACUUGAUAACAUGUCAAAACCAUUCACUGAAGCUCAAGUUAAAUGUAUAACCAUACAAGUUCUCAAAGGAUUGCAAUAUCUCCAUGAUCACUUUAUUGUACACAGGGAUUUGAAAGUUUCAAACUUGCUUAUGACAGAUUCUGGAAUAGUUAAAAUUGCAGAUUUUGGAUUAGCAAGAACAUAUGGAAUUCCUGCAAUCAAUAUGACACCACGAGUUGUAACAUUAUGGUAUAGAGCACCUGAAUUGUUGUUUGGAUCAAAAACACAUGGCACUGGUGUAGACAUGUGGGCAAUGGGUUGUAUAUUGGCAGAACUUCUUGCUCACAAACCACUCUUCCCUGGGAAGUCUGAGCUUCAAAUGAUCGAUAUUAUUAUAGAAUUAUUGGGAUCUCCAAAUGAGAGUAUAUGGCCUGGUUACGAAAGCCUUCCUGCUGUGAAGACAAUUUAUCUUCGUAACCAGCCGUAUAAUAACCUGAAGCAUAGAUUUCCAUGGUUAUCUGAUGCUGGUCUAAGAUUACUCAAUCUUUUGCUCAUGUUUGAUCCAGAAAAACGAGCAACUGCGCUUGAUUGUCUUCAAAUUUCCUAUUUUAAAGAGAAACCAUUGCCAUGUGAUGCAAAUAUGAUGCCAACUUUUCCACACCACAGAAACAAACAGUCAACAGCACAGCACAAACGUAAAUCAAUAAGCGGACAUUCGGAUGACGAUGAAAAGAAACGUUACUCACAUAAAAAAAUCUCAAAACACAAGAAAUAAGCAUUUCUCUUUGUCAACUAAAUCAG